CAGCCUUUGCUUGUGACUCAAUAGAAUCAAUAUCUAAAUUCCAAGUGAGAGGGUAUAAAAUGACCGGUCAUUCAGCUCAGCCAAAUAAAGAGGGGGUUGCGGACAUUUACCUAUCCCUACUUUCGCGACAUGUCCUCAGAUAUCCGGAGGAUGGAACCCACAAGUCGUGGGUCCUUCCGCGCAUGAUGAUCCUGUUUGCCAGCGGCGAUAUGGAUCAGGUUGUAAGCGCCAUAGUUGAGGAUAUGAUCCAUCCGAUUGGGAGUGGACAGGUGGCCAGUGUGUUGGUAGAGGAGUCGAUACGCGACGAGAUGAUUAGGAAAAUUCGAGCCAACCUGAAGCCGAUGAACGAGCGCAUUCAACGCCAUCCGAAUUACCUAAAAACGGAAAAGCUCAUCGAACGAAUGAACUGCAGCACCAUACACAUCGAGGAGUUCGACGAGUCGGAUACGAAAAAGCGUUAUGGGCGCAGGAUGAAGGGAUCCCCUCUGAUAGUUUUGGAUUUCCCCCAAUACUAUUUCGGGGACAAGCCCACGGCCGUAAUGACUUUGAGCACCUUCCGGAAUAUGAGCGAAGUGGUCAAGUUGCAUGCGCGCGAAGGUCUGCACUUCGAUACCAUCUCCGUGUGGUCAUCCAAGUUGGCCCAGUGCUUCGACCUGCUCACCAGGCUGCCCCGCGUGGAUCAGUGGACCUUCAACUGCACCAAUGAGACCAUCAAGAUUCCGAAACUGCCGGCUCAACCGACUACCACAGUUGCAAUCGAGAAAAACGUGCACUAUGAAAUCCACGCCAUUGGCGGAAAGAUCAAAACUAUAGCGUUUCCAAUCGUAGAUACUUCUUGAGCUAAGCUUACUUCUACAAAUGUAUGCCGUGGCAAUAAGAUACGCUUUUGU